CAAUAAACUGAAGUGUUACGAACCGGUUCUACGUCCUAAAAAAUACAAUUUGACGUUCAUUUACAGGACGAACAUUUCCGCUUCCGGGUUGUCGACUCCAUCUGCCAUAUUCCAGAGAUUCCGGGAACCCCGCGCUUCACCGGAGGAGAUUUGUGUGUAUUUUGUUCAGGGGAUGAGAUUUUGUUUAGUGUCCAUACAUUAGACAGUGAUACAGGAUCCUGAGACAAGGUUACGGAUUGUGAAACGAAACGUGAAGAAGAAAGCAGGGAGAAAAAUGACGACGCGCUCGGAGAGGGAGAAAGCUCAGAAACUGAAUGAGCAACAUCAGGCCAUUCUGUCUAAAAUGCUCCGGGAGGAUGACAACAAAUACUGCGCCGACUGUGAGGCUAAAGGACCUCGAUGGGCUUCCUGGAACCUGGGUGUGUUUAUCUGUAUCAGGUGUGCUGGAAUCCACCGGAACCUGGGAGUGCACAUAUCCCGCGUCAAAUCAGUCAACCUGGACCAAUGGACUCCCGAGCAAAUCCAGAGUGUGCAGAGCAUGGGCAACACCAAGGCCAGACAGCUGUACGAAGCCCAUCUGCCAGAUAACUUCAGACGGCCACAAACCGACCAAGCCGUAGAGUUCUUCAUCAGGGACAAGUAUGAGAAGAAGAAGUACUACGACAAAAACGCAGCCACUGACACUUUUAAGUCCUCUGAUGCUGCUUUGCCCCUGGCAUCUUCUCCCUCUUCGCAAGCAGCCGAGAAAAACAAGCUGGAGAAGGAGAGAGAGAAGAAGAAAGAAGAGAAGAAGAAAGAAAAGGAAACAGAUAAAGGGAAUAAGCCCACAGUCUUUGACAAGAAGAGAGAGGACAUUCAGAUAGACUCCAGAGCCAGCCCUAAGAAGAGUCCUGAGACUGCCAUCGACCUGCUAGGCCUGGAUGCUCCUGCAGUAAACAUAGCCAGCAGUGGGGCAGGAUCUGGAAAUGUAGCACCAAUAAGUGAUGAUUUGGACAUUUUUGGACCAAUGGUGUCCAAUCCUCUGCCAUCCAGCACCAACACAAACCAGGUCAAUUCCACUAAAGCAGCUGGGAGCAUAGCUGCAGGCCCUGGUGUGGGAGCUACCUCAAGCACUGCUGGCACAGCAGGAGCUGCUCCAGCCCAGUCUGAUCUGGACCUGUUCAGUGAGAACAGCAGCAACAAAGCAGAGGACUCCACCAAGAAACCUCUCUCUAAGGACACUAUUCUCUCCUUGUAUGGGUCCAGCACUGUCCCACAACAACCUGCACAAGCUGCUAUGUUCAUUGGUACGUCUCAGAUGCCGUUUCCUGCACAGCCACAAGCUAACUUCCAGGCCUUCCCAGCUAUGGGAGGCCCCAUGCCACCCACCACCAUGAUGGGUGCAGUUAUGGGCCAGGGUGGAGCUAUGAUGGGCCAGAACACUGGGAUGAUGGUUGGCAUGACUAUGCCCAAUGGCUUUAUGGGAAAUGCCCCAGCAGGAGUAAUGGGAGUGGCACCUGGCAUGAUGGGAGCACAAGCUGGAGCAAUGCCUGCAGGUGUUGUUCCCCCACAGAACAUGUACACCAUGCAGCCUGGCCAGCAGCCCCAGUGGAGCAUGGGACAGAUGAACCAGCAGAUGUCUGGGCUGAACCUCAACGGUGCUCCCAUGGCCUUCGGGCAGCCCGGGACCACUAUGGGGGGCUGGGUGGGGCCUCCUUCUGGUCAGACCCUCAGUACCCAGCUCUGGAAGUGAGUGAACAAGGGCGAGUGGAGGACAAUAAAGGGUGCAGCAUCCCUCCAUCUCUCCUCCCUUGACCAACCGCCAGAGCACACCAAGAGUUUUAUUCAUGUACUGCUCUUUUCCCCCCUCCCUCUUUUUUCCAACCAUAACUCUUUUACUGGAGGUUGUCAGUUCAACCUUGCUCCUGUGAGUCAACCGAAUGAUCGAGAGUGUGAAGAGUUGAAGAGACUGGCAGCUUUGUCAGUCUUAUUUGCAUUUUCUUCUUCUUCUUCUUCUUCUUCUUCUACUUCUUCUUCUUCUCCUCAUUCUCAUUCUUCUUCUCAUAUUUUUUGGGUUGGAAAAAAAAUUACAUAUCAGCGAAGAAAGCUGCUGGACCAAUAUACAAGCGUCUAAUAUAUCAUUACCAAAUCAAUAGUGAGUAAUAGUAUUUAAAUGGCAGAGAUAUGGCUAUCUUGUUUGUGGAACCCCCCUCCCCCCCUUUACCUUGACCACUGUAUAUGCCCCAUAUCCUAAAGCCCUGUAGCAGCUAUCGUAUGAUCCAUUGUACUGUAUGUAAGCAUAAGAUAGAGAAGCAGUCAAUCCCCCAUCACCUCACCCUCCCUGUACAAGCCCAUCAGCUUCACCACCCUCAUCCAUCUUUGACUGUGAUGUUUUAAUGUGUGCAUUACAGAGAAGCACAGUUAGCAACAGGCAAAUAAACCUGGACGACUCAGCAGCAGUGUAACGGCCAAUGGGAGAAAGGGGAUGGAAUAUUUAAUUGAGCUACAGGGAACAAAGAGGGAGGUGGCUACAGAAAGGAUAUGUGUGCAAAUAGGAAAUUUUAGUAGAUUUUUUUUUUUUUUUAAUCGAACAAAUGUACACAUAUGAACAUGCUAGUCCCAUGACUGUGGCAGAGUGAAAGUCCACUCAGACAGGGUCCCUCUGCUGUGCAAUAAUGUGAGCAUCCACACCUCGUCAUCCAGGUUUAUUUCUAUAAUGUGUUUACAUUUUUCUGGUGCCUAGUACAGAGGGGGAAAAAUGUUAUUUCCGUGCAUUAAACAGUGAGUAGCCAUGAA